GAAUAAGCAAAAGCAAACCCUGAGAAGAUGUCUUCAUCGUACAACAAUACAAUUUCAUCAUCCUCCACUCAGUCUUUCCCCCUCUUAGCCAUCGGGGCAAACAACUUUAACCGUGAAGAGACGGCGAUGACAAUGAAUCAACGGCCCAACUCCGUUUCUCCACCACCCCGGAGACUAAGAAACAAACCAGGAAACCCAAGUCCAGAUGCUGAAGUGAUAGCCUUGACUCCCGAAGAGAUAAUGGCGACGAACAGGUUCCAAUGUGAAGUAUGCAAAAAACGAUUUCAAAGAGAACAGAAUCUCCAGCUUCACAAGAGAGGACACAACCUUCCAUUUAACCUGAAACAAAAGUCUGACGAAGAAGUAAGGAGGAAGGUGUAUGUUUGUCCGGAGCCCACGUGCGUCUACCAUGAUCCGUCACGUGCUCUCGGAGACCUCACAGGAAUCAAGAAGCAUUAUUACCGGAAGCACGGUGAGAAGAAGUUUAAAUGCGAGAAAUGCGAUAAGUGUUACGCUGUUGAAUCUGAUUGCAAAGCCCACUCUAAGAUUUGUGGUACCAAAGAGUAUCGAUGUGUUUGUGAUACCAAAUUCUCUAGGUAAUUAACUAUAUAACUACUUCGUCGGGAUAUACAUCGAUCGAUGCGUUUUUGUACAUAUACCCAUCGAUCGAUCCGUUCAGGAAACCCUAACUUGAGCUUCACGGAAAUGCUAGCAGCUGCUGGUGGAAAUGAUGGCAGUAGCAGACAUGGCUUUUACGACGGUGCUUCUUCUGCCGUCUCUCACAACCAUUUUGGUAACAACUCAAACAUUGGGUUUGCCCCUCUAGCUCCAGGUCACAAUCUGAACCGUUCAUCGUCCCAAAAGUUUGAAGACAUUUUUCCUCAGUCCACAAACCCUAACCAUGUUCCUACUAAUUUCCCCAUGCAAUACCCUUCGAACCAAGGACUGUUGGCACGGAACGACCAGAAUCUCAUGAACCAGCACGGUCUGAUCAACAGCAACAACAACAAUGACAACUUGUUCAAUCCCGGAUACUUUCAAGCCAACACUCAGAACCUCUCUGAUCAGACAGGUGCUCCUCUUUUCAACCAUGGUGACAACAACGUUCCUCCUGCUCUGCUUAGAGGGUCAAGUGUGGCCGCUAAUAACUUCGGAGGCAAUGGUAAUGUAAACUUUCAAGGUCAAAUGAACUCUCUAGCUGCGACAAGUGAUCAUCAAGGCAGGCCCGGUAGCAGCAUUUUCGACGACCAUCGUUUCGGAAACAAUCUAAGCAUGGGAGGCCCUGAUAGGCGGACUUUGGACUUUCUUGGCGUUAAUGAUCGUGGUGGCCGUAAUGAACCUCCUUUGGACCUUGACAUCAAGUUUUCAGAUCCAAAUAAUCCAUUCGGAAAUGUUUGAGAGGA